GGAAGCUGGCUAGACAUAGGAAGUGCAACAGCAAAGAGGAACCAAUGACAAGUGUGAGUUGUCCUUCAUUUGGAGAGAAUUGCCAAGACAUGAAAUCCCGGUGAGAUAACAAAAAGGCAAACGAAGGCACACAAAUCGAAUGAGUAGCAUGGAGAUGAUUUUCCUAAUGUUGGUCUGUCUACUGGGAGGGUUAUGGGAGACUGAAGCUAUCACAGUGACAGGAGAGUUGGAAAAGGCAAUCACAAUAAAAUGCUCACACGUCAACGCAUUUUCCAACGUCAAAUAUUUCUGCAAGGGAACAUGUAAAAAUGAAGACAUGUUGAUAAGAAGCACAAAAGAGAAGGAGGCUUCGAAUGACAAAUACAGCAUUAGAGAUGACGGAAACACAUUCUACGUCACCAUUUCUCAUCUGACAGACAAUGACUCAGGAACUUACUGGUGUGGAAUAGACAGAUAUGGUAUAGACACAUACAAUGAAAUAAUCCUCACAGUAGUAGAGGGAAACAAAAGCACCCCAGAGACACCACAAACAAUUUCAAAUACAAAAGCGUCCUCCUCUAAGAAGCUGGUGUACAUUGGAGCAGGUCUCGGAGUGGUUGUGCUGGCUCUGGCGAUGGUCCUUCUCAUAUUCUUCAGACAUCGGAGCAGAGACAUCAGUGCAUCUCCUGGAAAGGUCCAGGACACAGUCUAUGCAACACCAUUCUGUCAGAAACAAGAUGCUCACCACAUCACUACUUCCUCUUCAACAAUCAAUGAGCAUCAAGAAACAGAUGGCAGGACAAACAACAUCUGCAGCUCGUCAUCUGUGCAGCACCAAGACAAUGUUUUCACCAACGUGACCGUUUCAUCAGCGUCUGAAAUCCAACCGGACAGCCUCCUCUACUCCACUGUUAGCUUCGACAAACACACUGAUUGCACUGUCACAGUUCACACAGCAGCGGUUACGUACUCCGCCAUUAAUUACAUAACAACAGAUGAAUCAGCAGUCUAUUGCAAUGUCGGAACUCAGAGCUGAUCACUUCAUUAUUAAGUGCAAAUCUCCCUUUGUUGUAAGAGUUUGUGUUACGCUAAACAUCAACACGUUUCUGUUCUGUUUCAAGUAUUAUCUGUGUGUUUCCAUUUAUGUCUGACUGUGGUGAAUAAAUAGCACACACACACACACACACACACACACACACACACACACACACACACACACACACACACACACACACACACACACACACACAGACAGCUUGAAGAGGGUGGAAACUGAAAAAGUGAUAUGAACAAAGGAAGGGGCUACUCCUACAGCUCUGACCUAGCUUACCCACACUUUAUAAUUAACCUCAGCAAUGUUCAUUGUGGGGCUCCAGUGGUGUCUUUUGAAAAAGAUGAAAGCUUUAGAUCGAUUUUGCUGAAUUGGUCUGAGAGUUGGUGAAGGGCAGAGAAAUUAAAGAUAUUUAUUGUACAAUAUAUUGUUUAUUUUUCUUGGGAAGCAGUCAGACGCCAACAAUAUACACCUAUCAGCCCAGGAGGGGACACUGAUUAAGACCCUCUCCCACUAUGGACCUGGGUAUAUUUCUCUAAAGGUUAUUAUGGUAAAAGGUGGAUUCUCAUUCAAAUCACUGGUAAAGAGCUCAAAGAAGGGAAGUAUCUCUCCAUCAUGAUACCAAACAAAGAAACCUGCAUAUGACCAUAUCCUGAACUUGAAUAAUAGUAGGAAAUUAAACCAGUAAAAAGUUUGAGCCUUUAAUCAAGCUCAAAGUCUACAAAAGUAUGUCAAAAUCUUUAUUUGAGAGCUCCUGCAGUUCUAAAAGCUCCACUGGUCCCCCUUAAAUCUUCCUAUUUCACACCGUGUGUAAUAGAUAGAGUUCAGGAAUGCCCAACAAUUAUAUACUGAUUUUCUGGUGGCUCAGUGUCAGAGAGUGCCAGCAAUAGAUCACUGUCGUCCACACCACCUGAACAUAUGCAUACAGCUGACACCUCACACUCAACAACCAAAAUUAUUUUUUUAUGAAAAAAGUCUGUCUUUGUGAUUGGCAAUGCAAGUUUAUUUGUACAUCCCCUUAUAAAUGCAGGAAAUUAGAAUGCUUCAUAUUAGAACUGCACUGAAACUGUUAUAUCACCUGUUUCCUUUUUCAGAAGUUUGUUACUGACACGUUUUAAAAAGGGGAAAUGUAUGCUCCAGGCUUGUGUGUUAUUUAAAGAUACUAAAUGCAUUCUACAAGUUCAUUUUCAUAUUGAACUGAAGUAAGAAUAAGCAGUCAUGAUAAAUUAAAGAGUGCUCUGGA